AUGGGAUAUAGGGAUAUUAAGAGAAUAAAAUAAUAUAUGGCUAUUGGGAAUCUUAAUAUUUUGAUAACAUGUGAUUAUUAUAAGUAUUUUUAUAUGGGUAUAUUGAUUUUUACAGCUGAAAGUGGAUAGUAAUAAUUUAUUGAUGAAACUAUAGAAGUUAUGAAUAAUUCUCUUCCUUGA